AUGUUCUCGGGAAUAACUCGAGAUCAGCAGCCCAUCUUGUGGGCCGCAGCUCGUCUCUCUCCGCUUCGUGAAUUCUUUGCGACGUGCGCCUGCUGGCCGCACGCGUGCUGCUGCUGCUGGUGCUGCAUGCAUGCACGCAUGCAUGCAUGGUUGCUGCAAGCGCGCGACGAUCGGUCGAAGGAGCUGAGAUCGGCCCGCUUUGCCCUGGUCCCGCUCGAUCGAUGCUCAAGGCGCCAGGAUGGCCGGGGUCUGCGCGAGGUGGAUGCCGCCUUGAUGCGCGGCAGCGGCCCACGUUUGGAAGAAAUGAUGAGUCUUGAGUCACGGGCGACAGUCCCCUUAAGGAUUUACAAAUUAGAUUUCACAUUACCCAUGACUGAUGCUAGUCUUACUCCUACUACUAGUAUGCUUGACUCAAGUAGCGGCAAGGCUGCGCUUCGAUCGAGAGCGGCUAGGAUGUACGAAUCAAAUUGGAGUCAAGAGUUUGAGUCUGUGAUUGGUGUAUUUUUGACGCGAGCCGUCGAUUUAGAUGAAUCACACGCCGCAGAAGUUUAUAUUACUCAUGCAAAAUGCUUCUGUGUAAGCGUUUGUCAGACUGAGGCAUCAAACCUCAUGCAGCUCAACAACGUGACCGCCGUGCGGAACGGGCGCGGGCCCCACGAACUAGUGCAAAAUUUUAAAGUUGUCUUUGACUCUUUCGUGCGCAUUCAAUUGAGCGAUUUCAUCUCGGGCGUGGCAUGUAGAGAGCCCCUUCAUCUUGCCUUGGCCUUCCUCUUCUGCAUUGUCCUCAAUUUGCAGCUCCAUUUCGGCGAGCUUGCUCCAGCACAAUCCUCGGCUUGCAACUGGGCCGCGACGUGGUCCUCCUCCCGCCUACGUUUGAGUCGGCGGAUUUUGCGGCGGCUUUUCCACCAAGCUGAACUCUGCACGCUCUUCGUGACUCUCGGCGUCAUAAUAGAGGUCUUCGUGCGAGAUUACCUCCAAGGAUACAUUGCCACCUGCCGCACCGAAUUCCGGCACACCGCUGGGACGCAGAUCCACCAAAGCAAUCAACACUUCUUUCGGGCUUCACAGCCGUCGAGCGCAUGGACUGGAGCUGCCAUGUCGACUGGCGAUGACACUCACGAGGAGGGGGCACCCAGAAGGGUACUUAUAUGCUUGAUGCGAUUGGAUCUUCGAGUCAACGACAAUGCUUUGUUCCACUAUGCACACAUGACGGAACCUCCUCCUGGACCCGCAGCCGAGAGGCCUCCUACCAAAUUCAAUCAAGACGUUCUCGCCGGAUCAGCGUUGUUCAGCCGUGCCGAUUACCUGAUGCCAUUGUACGUCUUCGACGAGCGUGUUAUUGAGCUCAGCGGCCUGCCUGGAUAUCAACGGAAUGGACCAGAGGCAAGAACGAAGAACUACGGCUUUUGGAAGACUGGCGGGUUCCGUGCUAGAUUCAUCGCAGAAGCUGUCUAUGAUCUACGAUCCCGUCUUCGCGCCGCUGGCUCUGACUUGGUCAUCCGUUUUGGAUUCCCAGAGGUGGUAGUUGAGAACUUCGUCAAAGCUUUCCAGGCUAGGGGUGAUGAGGUCGAGGGCGUAUGGUUGCAAAAGGAGGUGACGCACGACGAGGAACAGGUGGAGACGCAGCUUCAGGAACGCUUGCAAGGUCUCAACGUGCCGAUGCGCUUCGUCCACGGCAAGACGUUGGUCCACCCAGCCGAUCUACCGUUCGACAUCAGCGAGACGCCCGACGUGUUCACACCAUACCGCAAACGCGUCGAAGAGAUGAAGGCAGCUAUGGUUCGGCCCACCCUUCGACCACCUGAACGGUUCAAACCGCUUCCGCCCGCCCUUCCCGAGACUCCCGACUAUUCUCUCGAUGUAUCGUACGAGGUUGACGUUGAUGGCCUUCUCGCUCGUCCGCCAGAGGAUCAAGCACAGACGGAAAGUCAAGUCUCUUUUCUCGACAUUCUCAGCUAUUUGUUGGCGCCCCUCAGCGACUCUCCGACCAUACUGAGCGCGGGUAAACCCAUCGCCUCUCGUCAGCUUCUCCAACAACGGCACCCCGCUUCGGCGUUUCCAAAUCGUGGAGGUGAAAGCUCCGCCCUAGAGCGAUUGGAGUGGUACUUUAUCAGGGGCAAGAGCGCCGACUCGAGUAGAUGGGGACGCGCGGAUCCUCCUCCAGUCGCGCGAUACAAGCAAACGCGCAACAACCUCGUUGGCCACGCAUACUCGACCAAGAUGUCUCCCUUCUUGGCUUACGGUUCAAUCUCACCUCGGCAAAUAUGGGAGGCUUUGGACAUCCACGAACGUCAGUUUGGUGAAGAUCGCAACACGUACUGGGUGCGCUUCGAGCUGCUUUGGCGGGACUACUUUUUCUGCGUCAGCGAAAAGUAUGGUGACCUUCUUUUCAAGCUCGAAGGAUUCGAGGGCGCGACUGAUCCCCGGCAAGCUGAGAAGAAGCUUCAACCGGGCUGGUGGAAGAUGUGGGAUCCGGUCAAGGAUGGUCGCGAGAAUCCCGUUAGUCGACUGCUUGAGGGCCGUACGGGUAUACCAUUUAUCGAUGCCAACAUCACAGAGCUCCGAGAAAGCGGGUUCAUGUCGAAUAGAGGCCGUCAGAAUGUGGCCUCCUUCUUGACGAAGGACCUCGGUUACGACUGGCGUAUUGGGGCCGAGUUCUACCAAGGUGAACUGAUAGAUUAUGAUGCGACCAGUAAUUACGGCAAUUGGCAGUAUGUCGCAGGCGUUGGCAACGAUCCUCGAGCCUCUAGGCAAUUCAACAUCAUCAAGCAAGCGAAAGACUACGACUCGCAUGGAGAGUUCGUGAAGUUGUGGUUGCCUGCGUUGCGCAAUUUGCAUCCCGACUUCGUGCACACCCCUUGGCUACUCGACGAAGACGAAAAGCGGUCCUACGGUCUGAAAUCCACUGCCAUGGACGUAUCCUACGACUCGUAUCCUGGCCAGCCCAUGGUAGAGGAGGAAACGUGGCGCAAGCACUAUGAACGAAAGGAAGGUGUAGGAUCCAAAAUGUUUGGUAAUCCCCAGGAGAAGGUAAAGGAUGGAAAGGUGAAAAGGAUGGGCAGGCGGAUAGUCCCCACCUAUCCAAGGGGCGGGACGGCUUCGGGAUCCGGUGGGGCGCCUGCACUGAAGCUCGGACCGAGCGGCACCGGCGCGGUAGGCGCUCAGCACGGCGUACAUCGUCCAUUGCCAGGGGCAGUACUACCAGCUCCGCGCCGGCAUCCUCUCGCCGGAAGUGCCGCUUUUGCAAACGCAUCUUCGACGAGAUCGGUCUCGCCCUUUGACGGUAGUCACCAUAGCAGCGCAUCCAGUGGCUCUGGUGGCUUGCAGUCACGCUACCAAACGCCUGCUCCUUCUUAUCCCCCCGGGUAUCGAAGCGUGGGACACGGACUCGUUCCAGGAGCUGGACAGGCUAGCCUGCUCCCGUCUCAGCAGCAGCAGCAAAUCGCCAGCUCAGCGCUGGGACCUCGACCCGGUCCUGGUACAGCUCUGCCUAACUAUCCGGUCUCACGCUCUUCCGCACUCCCACAACAUGGGCGGGGCGGUGGUGAUCGGAGCUCAGGCUCGUUCGGUGCUUCGGAAGUUGCUGGUCUGAAUUCGUUCCGCAACCUCCACAUCGGUGGUGCUGCACAGACAGGUAACGGCGAUCAGGGCUUUGCGCUUCCCCAUGGACAGCGCUUUGGAGGCGGAUCGGGCGAAAACGCACCUAUGGCCGCUGCUGCGUUGCAAGGGUCAGGACUGCCUGCGACUCCUCCAUACGGAUCCAACGGAUCGAGGCAAAUGGGUGCACUACGCAACCUUGCGGAAGGGCAAGCCCAGCCUCAAGGACCGCCACCGCCAAAACCAGCUGACACGUCGACAUCCUGGCGUCGUGGGGCUCCGAAAUAG